UAGAGUUGUCCCUCCCCGGCAACGGCCGUUCUCCUCCCACGGCCGUCAUGGACCCGCUGUGCCCCGCACCCCCAGAGGUCCCCUGUUGUAGGGGCAGGAAUGGCCCAGCGCAGGGUUUCUGGGAUCCCGUGCAGGCCCGGUGAAGGAGGAGUCAGAGUCCUCAGUGGCUUUUUGCAGCUUCUCGGCUUCUGCUGGCGUCCCCGUGCCGCUGCUCUUAAAAGCAGCCUCAGCCCAGGUGAAUCCCAUCUACCUCUGCCCACACCCUGCUCCAGGGGCCCACCAUCAGGCAUGCGUUCAGGACCGCAAGGAUCCAUCAUCUAUCCUGAUGGCGGGAGGGCAGAAAAGCCUGACAUUUUUCCUUACCCUACACCUGUUGACUGUCACGCUCUUGCCCCCUCCUGGCCGCGUCAGGCGUCCAGAAAUGUCAUGCUUAACCACUGCAGCGCUGGCUCGCACCUGCCGCGUGCCGGGAGCUGGCAGGCACCUUGCUAGGCACCUGGGAUAAGGACGAAUGAAACAUGACGUUGCACUCGAGCCCCCGGACCGAGAUGUCCGCGGAGACACACGGCAGUAGAGUGCAGUCCCUGCAUGCGGGCAGUGAGCCCAUGGGCAGCUGCAUGUGCUCACGUGGGGAGGACGAGGUAAGUUUGAGUCCAGCUGAGCGGACCAUUUGGAUACAGUGCGUAAUAGGAAGACUACUUAGCUCCUGGGAAUAAAGGGCAUUUGAUUCUGCUCUCGUGGGGAAGCAGGUCGUAGGGCUUCAAGUGGGUGGGACACGGUAAUGCAGAGCCCAGGAGGCUACAGGUGGUGUAAAAUUUGAAUGACUCAGUAGGAUCCCUGUGGUCUAAAUGCUGUGCCUGUUUGCCCAAGAAAUGUAGUAAGAAAUAUUCAAGAGAAUGUUAAGUUCUUGCUGCUUUAUUUCUGGUACAUCUUCAGCCUUUCUAGGCCACCCUUUGAAGCAGAGGAUCCACAGCUGGUAGAUCGUAUGGCUUGUCUACACAAUAGUCCUUUUUCCUGCUUUGUUUCUUUCUCUUUUCAGACUCACAGAAUCAGCGUUCAUCUCUUCAAAGCAGCUAGGGUCUUUGCGCUCCCCUCCUCUCGCUGGUUAACAGGAAGUGAUCCUUCCCCUUCAGAUAGUCUUCUAUUGAUUUUCUCCUUGCAGAAGGGUCAGUGCUGGGUCUCCCUGUAACUGAAUAUUCCCAUGAGCAUCACAGCCAUUCCAGGCUUUCCAUAUGUAGGUUCGGGUCAGAUCUGGUUUCCCCUCUGGUGGCUUCUGGGCCUUUGUAUUCAGAUCUGAACGCUUUCAAGCUUUUUUCCCUGGUAUUUUAAAUGGCACUGCUUGCACACCAGAUUGAUGGUACUUCAAGUCAGACUGGGAAAAACCAGAUCUAAAUGACACCACCUUCAUCUGCUGGGGCCCAUGAGCUAAGUUCUUAAAUGUGUGUUCCAUGCACCUGAUGGCAGGUGGAGGAUGUCACAUUGCUACCCACGAGAAACUUUCACUUUUGGUGUGGAUUACUUAUAGGGAAAAAUGAAUUUGACUGUGAUCUUUGCUGGCCUCCCUUUAGCAAAAUACUGAAGCCCAAGGUAUUGACUACGCAAGCCUGACCCCAUCACUGUGGGUCCUGGUGCGAGGUAUUUCAUUGUUCUGCGUCUGUUUCCUCAUCUGAGACUGAGCAGAUCCCAGAGUGAAGACAGAUGUGUCCUGUGGCUCAGGCAUGUGUCUGCAGGCGGUACGCGGUCAAGCAAUAGUAGUUACUACUCACUGCUCCUUCUUUGGGCCUGCCAGGAAUGUUUCAAAGGCUGUUGUGCGGUAUUUUCACCCUGAAAGGGUGGUCUGUAUACCCCUAGACCCUCCCACUGUGGGCAGGAGGCCCGGCCCCCAGCACUGGCCCCCGCAUCAGGCUGCUGCCUUCAGGUUGCCUUUUCCCAGCUUUUGAGCGCCGGAGUGGGGGCGUCUGCCGUGCGUCUGUGCUUUUCUUUAUUGACUGUUUUUCUACAUUUGACCGUACAUCAUUUUCCCUUGGGGAUUUUUCUUUUCUUACGUUUAUAGAUCAAGGAAACCUUUGCCUAUCAGAUGAGUGGCAAGUGUGUUUUUCCACCUUACCCCCUACCUCUGAAGUUCUUGCCUGUUUCGUGGCUAUGUUUUGUUUUGUUUUUCUUUGCUGCGCAUAGUCUGUGGCGGGAGUGGCUGAGCAAGCGCAGUGCGGUCCCAGUUCUCCAUCAGUGCUUGCAGGUGUGACUGCGGGGACAGCCCACAUGGUCAAGACGGCUUGAACCCUUGUCCAGUGGGCCCAGUUACUCCCUGCCCAUUGUUGCUCCACGGGCUACAUCGGGAGAGGGUUAGGGAGAGGCGCUUUUAGUUAACCACAGCUGAAACCGAUACAAAAUAAUAACAGCAGCAACAACCAUAGUAAUAGUCACUGUAGUCUAAAUGCACACUCGAGUGCGUUGGAGUCCCUCCGAAAUCUUUCACAGGACUGAGAGAAAACUAGGAUCUAUUCACAUCUGUGUGAGGUGCCCCCUGCUGCAAAGACACCAUGUGUCUGUGGCAGAUGGGGCUGUGCCUGCCUUUACCCCUCGGUCUUUACCAUUUCGUUAACGAGCCUGACCCACCGUUCUCAAACUCGUUCAGAUGCUUUGAUGGAACACCUUGAAAUAGGGAUAAGCAGAAAAUGACCAAGUGCAAUGGACAUUGACACCGACUCGGAGCAUCUGAACUCGACUAGUGAGUGGCCAGCACCAAGAGGCAUGAGAAAUACUAUGCAGGAACACCUGAAAAUUGAGAAAAUUCUACUACCUAGAUUUCUGUCCGAAACCCAUGAGAGGGAUUUCAGUUCUGCCUCUCCUUCAUGAUCAGCUUGGCCGAGCAGGGCUAUCCUGUGACAUAACUAUCACUUUCUAGUGCCAAUUCCAUGCCAGCCCCCCAGGCGAGGCUGUUAGAAACAAGCCAGUAGAAUUGAGUCUUUACCAACCUUUGAUCUGCCGGAGAAAUCUAAUCUAUGGGCAGCCUGGACGGACGGCCGUGGCUGCGACAGAAGCCAGUUCAAGAUCGUGGAGGCAGAGCAGCAGAGGUCGCCUGGCAGCAGCUCACAAUGCCCGCUCUGUGGGCAAACAAAGACUGACCUUCCCAGCGGUGCCCGACCCAGCGACUCUGCAGACAUGUCUGUGCUCCCCGGUCACAAUGGAAACCAUCACGGCAGUUGAAUCACUCCUACCAAAGGGAAUAAGUUAACGUUCCCCCAGAUCUCAUAACAGAAACAGCUAAACUAGCAUUUCCACUCAAAACAAAGAGACUUUUCUCCAGUGCAGACAAGUGGUUCUUAGAAACCGUCAGUGGCUAGUAAGCAAGACAGACUUUUAAGGUCCAACCCCCUAUCACAGAAUCUGAAGAAUCUGGUGAGCUGAGCAAGCUCUGGAGUUCCUUAAUAUGUGGAAAGGACACUGGUAGCAGGUAAGAAGGUGUCACUCCCGACGCUGGGGGUAAGUGCUGUGCUGUGGUAUUUUUAAUAUCACUUGAAAUCUCCUUGAAAGCUUGGGAGGCGCCAUCUUCUCAUUUUAAAAUCCCAUGGUGAUGCCUCAUGAUUUCAUUUGACAGUAUUCACCUCCGGUGCUCUUGAGGAGAUAGACACAGAGGUGGAAAUUGGAGAAACACCCAAUGUCAGUGUAUUUGGGGCCAAAGUCAACUCACCUGCCCUUGCGCACCCAGGCAGUGGAAGCUGGUGGAAACUCUGGAAACCUGGCCCAUCUAUUGAAGCUGAAAUGUACCGAUGAUGCAGCAAUUCCCCUUCCAGGCCUAUGCUCCAGAAACAGCCAACAUAACAGCAGAAACAGCAGAACACCUCCCUACCGCACAGCAACCAAGCAGGCAGCUGCCUCCAAAGUAAAGGGGCAGAGGUGUUAAGCGAAGAGCAGACAUGGAGGGUCACACUGCAGCACUAGCUUCUGACGUAGAGUCUCAGACUCCCCCGCGCACCAGAAGGGAGGGCAGGGCUCCCUGGGCCCCCCGGACUGUCUUGAGCUGGGUGGCACUGGUCAGGGGUGUGCACUUGCUGAAAUUCACAGAGCCGUUCAGGUAGGUUGUGAUGCUGGUGUGUGUGUCAGUAGACAAUUGACAUUGAAAAAUCAACUCAUCCAGGUGUGUUUGGUAGUUUCAGGGUUGAGUCUUCCUGCAGCAUGAUUACACAUCAACUGUAGAGUGUCCCUUGGGAACGGAAGUUUCUUUCUUGAAACAUGCCGCAUGGGUCCCUUCGGCCACUGGUUCUCCUCGCUGGGGCCUGGUCACAUGGGGCUGAGUGCAGGAGAAAGCUAGGUGUCUGGGGCAUUCCUGGGCCGGGGCCUAGGGUGCCCAGUGGUGGGCCCCCGCAGUCUUCAAGUGCAUGCUUCAUGUCCUUGAAGAAAUGUCUCCAGACACCUACUGUGUGCCAGACACCCUGUGUGCGGUGCUUCAGUUCACGCUCUCCAUCCUGGAAGUCAGUGUGAAUCACAAACCCCUGGAAUUUGGAGAAGCCACACAACCUGCCCAGGAGGGCUGUUGGCCAGUAAGACACCAAGUCAGAUUCAUGGUCAAGCCUGUGGCACCUGGAGCUAUGGAGAGCACGUCUGUCCUCACACUGCUGCCCCGCAGGGAAUGGAAGUCCGGUGAAAGUAGGUAAAAUGGCAGGAGUGAAGAAAUGGCUUCAUACAGCAAGUAGCUGAGACACACCUUUACAGAAUCAGCCCGGGGGUCCACCCCACAGAUUGGCUCCCUCCCUGUCUAGGCAGGGCCCUGGAGACAGCGCACCUCCUGGAAUUGCCUCACGAGGCCAGUGACUUGGGAGGGUUUCCGUGGCAAGAGGGCUGAGUGGAAUUACAGGCACCAGGGGCACCGGGGGAUGCAGGUACAAAUACGUUGUCGGGAAAAGCAGAAAUCAGCACCCUCAAGACAAGUUCCCAGCAGCAUCUUUUGAAAUGUGAAAUCCCACACGGGCCAAGACCAGUCCCUCCUCUGCAGCGGAAGGAGGCGAGCUUUCUCACGCGCCCCAGCUCUGCUGUGCAAAUCCAGCUUCCUGGCGCCAGAACGAGAGGCAGCCGCCGCUGGCCCAUGUGUAAUUCAGCAGUCAGUACAAAGGCACAUGCUCUACCCGGGCAGCGAGAAAUACAAUCGUCUCCUUGGCUCACGAAGUAGGAAAGAAACUUAGAAGGCCCACUUUGGCCAUUUCUUGAAAGCGUAAUUGGAAGAAGGGACAAAGGCUGAAUGUAUGUGAGAUCCGGGAGCCCCACAGCAUGGCGAACAUGUGGGGUGUGCCCUGCCCCACCUCCAUGGCGGCAAUGACCGCUCCCCCAUUUCCUGCCCCAGGGAAGGGGCUGCAGUCUUACGGCCGCUGUGGUGGCAGGACUGUGUGCAGGGAAGAUGCCACAAUGUACAAUUAUUUCCUCUAUGCUGGAGUCCAGCUUCAGAGAGUAAGCAAAAAGGACCCCUUCCCCCCGCAAAUAGCUAAGAGGAUCAGCUUCCAGGGGUGGACUAGAGAACGAAGACGCCCGGACCAUGGUCGUGCUCACUAAUGCAGACGACUUGGAUGGAGCCACCGACUUUGAAAAACUUUGCUUAUUCAACUCCAGGCACUACCUGAAAGACAGUGAUCUGUAUACCAAGGGCCGCAGCCGCUGCUUCCCUGUUCCUGGACAUCUAGUUUGGAAAAGAGCUAACUAUAGGCUCGUCAGAGCUCAUGGUAAGCAGGACUUGGCCAGCUCAAGUUUUAACCUUAAAAGUUUUGUGUAACAGGAGGGCUUGUCAAAGCCACAAACCCCUGCAGUGCUGUUUGCUGCUUGACUUGGGAGCAGCUUCUCCGCAUCACCACCCUGGGAGGUGGGUGGAAAUGGACAGCUGGAGACCGGGGCCUUUUUCACCGUCUUGUACUUCCUGAAGCAAAAUGAACGUGGGGACUUGAGGUAUUUGGCAAUUUCGCAGCUUCCUCCACGCUGCCCUUGCCAUCCAUCAGGGCUGCUGUCUCUGGCUCCUGCAUCCGCCGCCAGAGCCUGGCAUGGGGACAGACGGCCUGGAACAUGCCACGUGCGUCCGCCUGACAUGAAGGCAGCCCCAGCCCACGACAGUCGUGCCUCGGUCUUGUGGAGGGCAAGGUAUAGCCCACCUCCUCCUGGCCCUGCCUGUCCAGUGACAGCAUGGAAGGUGGCCAGUGCCCACCGCUGAGGGGGCAGGAAGGAGGGCACCAGGUGGAAACCAGUGUCAGGUCCCCAGCAAAUGUGGGACCCCGGACAGCAGGGCAGCAGGGCUCGGGAUACUCAGUCGCACACCCAAAUCUGACAGGACUGUGUAGCCUGCGCCCGGGUGUGGCACCGUCACUUUCCAAAGUCCCCUAAAGUGUGUGUGUGACCAAGUCAGACAGGCAGCGGCCCCCACUGCCCUCUCCUCCAGACCCUCCCACACGCUGCCCACCCAGCUCUCCAUCGCCCUUUUCCGUCCGCGUGGUGCUCGAGGGAAGCGAGGCCGCCCCCAGCCGGACCCUGGCUGCCCGUGGCAUCCGCCAGCAGCCCCCCCAUUGCCACCGUGCUAGCUCUCGAGAAGCCUGGCCGAUGGCCUACGAGGAUCACAGAAACGAGGACUCGCCAGACUCAGUGCACAUUGAGUUUAUUUCGUCACAUUUGCCCAGCCUUGCCUUAAACGCAUCACAGAAAAGCUGACAGAAGACAAAAGUUGACAGAGUGGCCCUGUACCCCCACGGUGCCAGGCUUUUUGUCCCUAACUGAGGUCUGGGUCAGGCCCCACUCCCCUGUGACUUCCAGAACCACUGCAGCCUCACAUGGCUCAGACUGUUCCGACGACGGACAGCAUCCAUCAAAUGAGGCUCCCUCUGCUGCCCGUUAGUAGAAGCAGAAUUCGCUCCCUCACAGCCCAGGCGGGGCUUUCCUUUCCCACUGUCCAGACAGAAACAGUGAGGUUCUGAGAGGCCAACUGUUAAAGGGCCACGCCCGGCCCAACUCUGAAGCCCAAGACCUCACUCAAGCUCACAGAGCCACUGAGGCCCAGCGCUCCUGCUCCUCAGCCCAGCCCGAAAGGCCUGGGGAGAAGCUGGCCCACGGGGAACUGGGUCGCUGUCUGCCCUUUGGCCCUCCUCCUGCUAAUCCUCCUGUCCUAAUCUGUAGUACUUGUUCCACGUCCCUCCUGGUGUUCACCUGUCGGCUGAGGUAUUAAGGAUAGAAGUUAACACCGGCUGCAGUGGUGAUUCUUACCACAUGCAUCGGCUUUAAGGGAUGGGGAGGCAGAGUGGUGCCAGCUCUCCUCUGGCACAGCAACCUAGGACUCAGACCAUCUCUGCAAGCAGCUCAACUCAGCCGGAGUGCUGAACAGCAGAGCCAGCCUCGCCGCUGUUCCUUGUGCCCAGUCACAGGCCGCUCUGCAGUGUCCCCAACAGCUUCUCUGGCUAAGGGCGCAGGGCGCCGGGCUGGACUGUUAAAGAGAAACCUCUCCAGGGUGGCCAGGAGCACGGGCAAGAUUGUUGUUACAGCCCUUCCAGGCGAAAGGCUUCAACUCACAAAUACUUUUUAGCAACACAAAAAACACACCCACAAAAAGCUCUCAAAACAUACAGAAGCGACAUGGUUAACACAAGUUAAUCUCACCAAAGGAAGAAUUACUCUUUGACUUGUCACAUUUAAAAAAAAAAUUCCACAUGAAAGCAUUUUUUAGUACAGUAAUUUUUACCACCACAAAUUCAGACUUUUGGACAAGAAUAUACUUUAUUUUCUCAUAAAAGUCUACCAAAAAUAUAUAUUUUACUUAACUUAAAAAACAGCUUUGGAAAACAAAAUUUGAGUUGUUAUAAUUCAUUAAAUGUUUUUCAAACAGCUGUGGAAGUGAAAGAGGAAAUCACAGAAUGGAUUUAAGUUUUAAAUAUAAAAACAUUCAUUUCAGAAGCUUGACCUUCUCCUUUAAUAACUUAAAGGUGGGGUUCUUGCUGAUUUUCUUGUUAAAGAUGACUUGGAGUUCCUCUUCAGAUCUGUGAUGUUCAUUCGUCACAGUAUAAUACUGAGCAAAAACCUUCACAGAGAAAAGCAAUUAUCAAAUGCAUGUAUGCAUCCUGAAAAUGUACCCCGAAUAGUUUUUCUUUAACUGGGGGGCCAGCAGUGAGAAGUGAAAGGCACAGGCGCUAGUUGCACGGGUGCGUCGGCCUGUGACAGCCGGGCGACUGGUCACAUCCCAGCAACUGGCUGCACGCGUCCACAUCGAAAAAGAGUUAAAAUGCAGAAAGACAAGAGGCUAUUGUAUUGUUCUGGAAUAAUCUAAAGACAGCAAGAUACCUAGGCCAAGCACGUUCUAGUUUAACACAAACUGCCGGGACUGAGAAAGCGUGGGUGUGGGCCCACUCCCUCCAUGAGCCCCAGGGGCCACUGGAGCAGCUUGAAAGUCAGAGGUACACUUCUGUAACAGUUUAGAUUAAAAACAGCAGUGGCAUUUUAAAACAAAGGACUAGCUCCCCCAGGUUAUGCACUUGGUCCAUGCAUCGUACCUUUUUCCUUAGCUUUUUGAUGGCUACCUCAUUGUCUGGGGCCUGUUUCAGCACAGCUUUAAUAGUUCCCUUCCAGUUGAAUUUACCUGCAAUAUAAAGAAUAAUAUGUAAGACCUUGUAUUUUGUUGCACUAUCAGAGGGAAAGAAGCGACUUCUGCAGCAUCUAUCUGCUUGCCGAGUGAAAUGCCCACAUCAACACUCCAGCACGGUGUGUCGGCGCCUGGCUGUCCACUUGUCGUGGCCUGGAGGCACUUCACCGUCUCCUGCAUGGUUGAGCAUGGACUCCACUGCUGCUCACAGCCGCCAUCUGCUCCAGCAGCUGCAGGAGCAGCGCAUUCAGGGCCUGCUUUGCGACUGCAUGCUGGUGGUGAAAGGAGUCUGCUUUAAAGCACACAAGAAUGUUCUAGCAGCAUUCAGUCAGUAUUUUCGGAGCCUCUUUCAGAAUUCUCCGGGCCAAAAGAAUGAUGUUUUCCACUUGGAUAUUAAAAAUGUAAGCGGCAUUGGGCAGAUCCUGGACUUCAUGUACACUUCUCAUCUAGAUCUUAACCAGGACAAUGUACAAGUAAUGCUGGACAUAGCCCAGUGUUUGCAAGUUCAAAAUGUUCUGAGUCUGUGUCAUACAUUUUUAAAAUCAACCAGUAUAGACCUGCCACCUGGCAUUCCAUGCAAUAGUACAUUCCCCCUGCAAAGCGCUUUGACUCCUGAUGCUAAUUGUGUUGUAAAUGAAAACUACCCUCAUCUCCUGCAGGAGUGCUCAGCAGACGUUCAGCAGAGCAAGGUUUUGGACACAUCCCAUCCUCAUGCUCCCCCAUCAGUUAAUCUUCAUCAUUCUCCAGGCGAAACAUCCAAACAAGCCCCUGAGGCUUUAGAUGGCAGCAGUGCAGAACUGCCUUUCAGACAGCCCAAUUACUACUACAAACUCAGGAACUUCUAUAGUAAGCAGUACUAUAAACAAGUCACCUGUCCUGGUCACGAGAGGGUAAUGGAGCAGCCCUUCACUUUCAGCACAUCCACUGACCUCAGUGCUGUGGAAAACCAGCCCGGUGCUGUCAGUCAUUCCGAAUGUGUCCUGGAGUCUGCUGAGCACCUGCCUUCCAACUUCCUGGCCCAGCCUUUGAGCGAGUCGGCCCCAGACCCCGAGUCAGACAGCACAUGUCAACAGCCCACCAAGCAGAUGAGGCUCAAAAAGGCUAUUCACCUGAAGAAACUCAAUUUCCUAAAGUUACAGAAAUCUGCAGAGCAGACAUCUGACCCCAAAUCAGAUGACAGACUGGCGAAGACAGUAGGCUCUGCUGGUGAAAGUGCCGUGGAGAAAGCUAGGGGCCAAAGUGCUGAAGAAAAAGAGAGUGAAGAACUCGCCAGUUCUGAGAACUUUCAUUGCACUGACGAGCUAGAGCGGCCCGAAGACCCUGCAGCCCUGGAAGAGCAGUCUCAGGCUCUUCACUCCCAGAGGCAGUACACGUGUGAAUUGUGCGGGAAGCCUUUUAAACACCCAAGCAAUUUGGAGCUUCACAGACGUUCUCAUACAGGUGAGAAACCUUUUGAAUGUAACAUUUGUGGGAAACAUUUCUCUCAGGCAGGCAACUUGCAGACUCAUUUACGUCGACAUUCUGGUGAAAAGCCGUACAUCUGCGAGAUCUGUGGCAAGAGGUUUGCCGCCUCUGGUGAUGUCCAGCGUCACAUUAUUAUUCACUCGGGAGAGAAGCCGCACUUGUGUGACAUCUGUGGUCGAGGGUUCAGUAACUUCAGUAACUUGAAGGAGCACAAGAAGACGCACACGGCUGACAAAGUCUUCACCUGCGACGAGUGCGGCAAGUCCUUCAACAUGCAGCGGAAGCUGGUGAAGCACAGGAUCCGGCACACGGGCGAGCGGCCUUACAGCUGUGCCGCCUGCGGGAAAUGUUUUGGGGGCUCUGGUGACCUCCGCAGGCACGUGCGCACUCACACCGGGGAGAAGCCGUACACGUGUGAGAUCUGUAACAAGUGCUUCACCCGCUCGGCCGUGCUCCGGCGGCACCGGAAGAUGCACUGCACGGCCGACGACGAGGGCCCCGACGCGCUGGAGGAGCUGGCUCAGGCCGUCGAGCCCCCCGACCUGGAGCGGUCUCGGAGCUCUGACUCCUUUUCCCAAGACGUGUCUGUGGCCUUGAUGCCCGUGUCUGUCAAGCUCCCCGCCCACGCUGUGGAGGACCCGGUCACAGAAUUUGACAGCCACGUGGCUGGCUCCUACUGUAAGUUCCGGCCCAUGGGUCCACCUCAUGGGGUCAGCGACCAGGACAAGCUCAGUCUGGACCCCAUCAAACUUCCGAAGCCCCAGAUGCAAGCGCAGCAUCAGGCCUACGCUUACCCAGAUGUGGAUGCUGCGGCCAGCGACGAGCCCCUGCAGGCCGACAGCAUGUCCAUGAUCCGCUCCUCGCUGGCCGCCUUGGACAGUCACUGCGGUGACCCCCUGGGCAGCCGGGCGUCUGCCACCACUUACAGGACCUCCGAAGGACAGUUCUUCUCCAGCAUGACCCUGUGGGGGCUCGCGAUGAAGACGCUGCAGAACGAGGGCGAGUUGGACCAGUGAGGUCCUCUGGCAGCAUUUCCCAGCGCCGGGCUUUCCCUCACUGCCGCAGCCCGCUGUCGGGCUCUCGGGGCAAGUGCUUUCCACCAGCCUUCCUCCAAGAGUCCUUGUCCGUUUUGCUCCUGGUGGCAGCGGAUCACGGGGAGCUCUUGAGUUCAGGGUUUGGGAAGAAAGGCCUGGGUUCGGGAAGCAGACACGGAGCGGAAGGCACGCAGCACAGCACCCAGAGGCUGCGGAACCACCUCCCUGACGACAGCAGACGUGGCCGGAUGGGGAGUCUGCGUCAACUACCGUACAAGACCGUACGGUCUUGUUAAAGGGAAACACGAAUGUAGGACAUGCUAUUUUUGCAUUUUCACACAACUGAAGUUUUUGUAGCAUUUUGUACUUUUAUUUGCAAAAGAUUUUAUUUGUAUAUGAAACUUAUAA